AUGUCUUUUAAGGUUUUGGUGCCGCAGUUUAGGAAGGACUUUGAUAAACUGGAGACCAUCCAGAGGGCAACCAAGGUGGUAAAGGGCUUUAAGUCUGUGUCAGAUAAGAAUGGGUUGAAGGAGCUGGGGGUGUUAAUCAUGGAGAAGGUUCAGGCUCUCGUCACGUGCCCUCCCACGGCGCCCAAUCAGAGCACAGAGUCCUUCCAGGCUCGCGAUUCAAACUGUUCCCAUUGCCCCUUCUGAUCCUGGCUAGGAAUCUCCCCGGGAAACUGGAAUGAAACAAUUGAGCUUUUUCGUGAUAAGAUGCCAUUACGGAAACAUCGAAGUCAUUUCAAAAGUUAUGAACGUUGCUUUACAGCCUCGGAAGCUGUGGAUUGGUUACAUGGUCUGCUCAGGGGUAGCCAGAACUUUGGUCCAGAAGUGACUCGCAAACAAACGGUACAGCUGCUAAAAAAGUUCCUGAAGAAUCAUGUUAUUGAAGACAUCAAGGGAAGGUGGGGUCACGAAGAUUUUGAGGACAACCGACAUCUUUAUAGGUUUCCUCCUUCUUCACCCCUGAAACCAUACCCAAAGAGAUCACCCUACCAAGCAAGCGUUAUCAAAUUCCCAGACUGGACUGAUCAACCACCAGGCACUACCCAAGAAAAUAUACCUGUGAGGCCUAUUGUUAUGAAUUCUGAAUCAUGGUACAAGCGUCACAGUAUUGCAAUCGGAGAAGUGCCUGCCUGCCGCCUUGUCUACCGGAGACAGCUGACAGAGGCCAAUGUGGAGGAGAUCUGGAAGUCUAUGACAUUAUCACAUUUACAGAAAAUCCUUGAACUGGACUCUCUGGAGGAAGUUUUGGAUACCAAGCUUGUCAACUCAAAGUUUAUCAUCCACAAUGUAUACAGUGUUAGUAAGCAGGGAGUUGUCAUCCUCACAGAUAAAUCAAGUGAGCUCAUAUUUUAUAUGGAUCAUUCUGCAUUAGUUCGUUUGUUACAGAAAGAGAAAAUUGCCAUUGAAGCAUUUCAGAUUUGCUGCCUCCUUCUGCCUCCUGAAAAUCGGAGAAAGUUACAGUUGUUGGUUAGGAUGAUGGCGAAGAUCUGCUUAAACAAGGAGAUUCCGCCGCUCUGUGAUGGCCUUGGCACCCGCACUCUGAUGGUCCAGACGUUUUCCCGCUGCAUCCUGGGCUCCAAGGAUGAAGUUGACUUGGAUGAGCUGUUAGCUGCCAGGCUAGUGACGUUUCUCAUGGAUAAUCACCAGGAGAUCUUGCAGGCUCCCUCUUCCUUGCAGAAUGCAAUAGAGGAGCGAGUAGCCCAUCUGCGAAGGGUCCAGAUAAAAUACCCAGGAGCGGAUACUGAUGCAACUCUGUCUGCCCCACCAUUUUGUCGUCAGAUUAGUCCAGAAGAAUUUGAAUACCAAAGAAUGUGUGGCUCCCAAGAACCCCUGGCAACAUUGUUGGAGGAAAUCAUCAUGGAUACCAAACUGUCAGUCAGAGAUAAGAAGAAAAAACUUAAACAGUUUCAGAAAUCCUAUCCUGAAGUCUACCAGGAGCGAUUUCCCACACCUGAGAGUGAAGCACUAGUGUUUCCAGAAAAAUCAAGACCUAAACCACAGCUGCUGAUGUGGGCACUGAAAAAGCCUUUUCAGCCUUUUCAAAGAACUAGAAGUUUUCGGAUGUAA